UGAAAAAAAUUCCCCGUUUUCAAGUUCACUUCUGAUGAUGUGAAUAUAUUAAUGCAGAAUGUGCAUUUUUCUUCUCGCUGGUAAAUGUUUUGGUCGGGAUCAUCAACUUUUACACGCGAAAGGUGUUGAUUUUCAAAUUAUUUGUCACGAAAAUUGUUUUUCCCAUUCAAUUUUCCUCAUUCAAUAUCACUUUCCAAUCACCCUUCGGAGAGAAAGGAAUAUAAUAAUUUUGUGCAGUAGUGACACAGGAUAUAAGCAAUCAUGGAUUUCAAGAAAUUAUUCAAGGAAGCUCAGCAGAAGAAGCCUUUCUACAGCUCAAGCCUCAUCAUGGGGAAAUACUACGGUGUUACGGAGUUUGUAGCAGGGAUGAACACCUUCAAUCAGGAGAUCGUCAUCGCUCUCCUGAAAAACGGGGAUAGAGUUUUUCUCCCGAAACGUCUCAGCGAUAGUUUGAUGCCUCAUCGUCAUGCCAUGAAGUCUGACGAAAAUUGGGCCAUCAAACUUUUACGUUUUGAAGAAGACGUCAUGACUAUAGAUGGUGUACGUGUAGCUACUAAAACCCCUAUCUUGGACAUUGAUAUGGGUAUCGUUGAUGACCAAGAUACUAACACUGAUUUAUCAAUGGAUGCAGUGACGCCACCCAUCACGCCUAAAACUUCUAACGGGUUUGAUGCGGCAUCUAAAUCAGGCAUCACCAGCAACCCCGGGGGUGAUGAUCAAGUAGGAUCGAGCAUGAAAAAUGUGUCUCUUCCUAGUCCAGCUGAUACGUUGAAAAUAAAACGAUCAGCAGGACAAGAUUUUCUCCAAAAAAGAAAAACGAAAAUUCAGAAAUUGAAGGAGAAAAUUAAAAAGAAGGAUAUGCAACACGAAGGACAGGUGAUGUUCGUCAGUGAUAGCGAUGGAGAAGAACUAUUCAUUCCAGAUAUAGAGAAUGAACGAGUGUAAAGGUUUUUAUAUUAAUAAAAAAUAUUGGAAAUUAACCGAAAAAUAAAUCUUUUAAUUUCUCCCAUAUAUGCAUUUCCCCCAAUAUGCACUCAGAGUUUGAAGUCUGAUCCAUCCUUUGCAAGGAAUCAAAUUUGG